AGUUUCACAGCCAGGAUAUUGACUGGAGUCCAGAAAAUGGCUUGAAGAAACCAAGACUAUGGACUUCUUACAAAAUAAAAACCUAUAUCAACUCGCAUGGAAAAAGAUGGAUUCAUAUUUCAUGGACGCAUUCCUUUCAGUGGAUGAAUGAAAAGGCAACUUGUGACGUUUCUGGAGAACUGAUCUUAAAGAAAAUACUGGAUCUACAACCUAUUUUUUGGAUUCUUGCCGGUUGACUUUUUUCUAACUAUACAGCGACUGGAUUAUUAUUUAAACCACUGAAGAAUUUAAAAGAAGUAAACAUUGAUCAAACUCCUGCAUAAAAUAUCUGAAAUGCAUUGAGGUGUCAGUUGCGCUGUUGGUUUAAGGACGAGUAGAAGGAGCAGCUACUUUGGUACAAUAUUUACAAAUCUCCUUUGGAUUUCUUGAAAAAAACUGGAUUUAGGCUCAUGCCAGAGGGUGCAGAUGACAGUUGGGACCCACCGGAUCUUCUCUUGAGGAAAUAAGAGCAGAUCCGGUUCUCCAUUUUUCUCCCUGGCAACAAAACGCGCUCUAUGGCAUAAAACUGGCUGUCCACCAUGCCAGUAGCCAUACGGAAAAGAAGUUGGGAGGAGCAUGUGACGCAUCCUUCAGGAUUACAGUACAGUUAUGAUGAUUUGGAUCUGGUCUGCUGUCAUGGGGUGGACAGCGAGGGUCCCUGGAUGGCAGCAGGGGCUUCCAAACAAGGUCGACGUAUGAGGUGUGCUUCCAUGCCAGAGGGCUGCCACCGACUGCCCCCAGAGGAUGCGGCCCAGACUCUUGAGCUCACAAAUGAUGAUAAAGAACCAGAACAGUCGAUGGAAAGUCACGAAAAAGUUCCUCUGGAUUCGCAGGACGAAUCAGUUAAUCACUUUCAUGAGUUUGUGGAAGAUGACAUUCCUAAAAGGGCCUCUGAAUCAGAGCAUCUCAAAACCACAGUUGUUGGAAAUUCUACGGAAUUUCAAUUUAACUGUAACAGUGGGAUGUCCACAGCAGACCAUUCUUUUUCAGUUUGUAGCAGUAGUCACGGCGAGAAAACUACUAAUGGUGAAGGUAAAGAUGGUGCAGAGAGUGUCCAGAAUUCUGACAUUUGCAAUAAUGAUAGUGUCUUUAAAAAUCCACAUUUUCUUCGUGAAGAGCAACAAUGCAUCUCUAUCUCUUCUAACAAUGGGCUUCCACUGUCUGAAUCUGCUGGUGAGAAGCCUGGCAAACUUCCAAAUCAACAGGAAACAAAGGAGAGCCAUACACAGGGUGACUGCAGACCUCCUGAGAUAUCUGCUCUAAACCGGUCAUCCACAGAACUGGAUCCUCACACUGACCUCCCAGAUGUAGAUGUAGAGGAAGAGACCAUUUCCACCUCUGGCCAUUCGGAUAUAAAUGUAACCUUACCUGAUGGUCUCCAACACUGUUCCUUUAAUAUGAUGGAGAGUGGCGAAGUGAUGUCACAAGCUAACAAAACAGUGGAACCAGUUGUGACUUUUGUGGUAGAAGAAGUAUCUGACGAAAGAGCAAAUGAAAGCUUGAGUGCAGAUUCUGCAGAAAAACUGGAUGGAUUAAACAACCAAGAACAUCUGAAUGGAAAUACAGGACUUGAUUAUGACUCAAGAGACAUUCAAGAAGGAGAGCUGGAUCAUCAUGGCACCACUAGGGCAUCGGAUGUUGCUAAUGAUUGUGAAAUAUCCUCCCAGAUAUCAUUGAAACAGCACAAUGUUGAAAUAACAGUGAUGGACAGGCAUCAUGGAGAAGAAAGUGUACAAGCUGAAGGCAGUGAGAUUGCAUCUGAAGUCAAGAAUGGACCAGUCACAUCAACUGAUAUUAUUGUCGAUGGUCACCAUUGCUCCUUGACAGUUAACAACGCUAUGUCGUCUGCAAAACUAGACAAGCAACAAUAUUCAGAUGGAAACCCAGUACAGGCUAACAGUCAGGGUCCAAACAUGGAUGAACAAACAACGACCUCCAUCAGUGAAUCAACAGAAAACAUCCUUGAAAUCUCAGUGUCCAAAGAGUCAGCUUGUUCUGAGGAUCUAGUCACGGCUAUGCAGUUGGAAAAUUGCGCCUCAAAACUGGAUACAAUCCCAGAAGUUAGCCACGUUGAGCCAGAUGACACCCCUGCACUGAAUCCUGAAAAGAUCUCAUGUUUCACCCAAAGUCCAGAUGUUCAGCACCUCUGUGUGAGCAAUAAACAUGCAGCCGCUGAACAGCACCUAGAGAACCUGCUUCCAUGCACUGCAGAGGUCAACGAUGAGCUCUCACCAGAGGAACUCCAUAGCAACCUAGAGGACUGUGGGUGUUGCCUUGGUGAGUCACCUGCCUCCAAGGUGGCAGAUGGUCAAGGAGAACACCACAGGAUGGGAACUACUGGGUCUAGAAUGGAGGAGACAGAUGAUGAGGCAAAAGCUGUUAUUAACAGUAACACACAACUUUCCAGUCCGGUUUUAGAAGCAACAAAUGAACCUGGUGAUCAGAGGGAUGACAACGUGGUCAAAGUGCGCAUGAGAAAGCGAGAGCAUGCUCGCCUCGAUUCGAUGGUGUUGCUGCUGAUGAAGCUGGACCAGUUGGACCAGGAAAUAGACAAUGCCCUCAGUGCCACCUCCUCUAUGGACAGCACCCCGACCCUCCAUCGACGACAACGCCAGGAGUUUGAUGAAAGAUCUUUACCAGCAGAAUCACAAAACCCACCACAUCCGCACGCUGGUGCUGCCUCCAGCUCAGGACCCACAACAGCCCUCGGAGCAAAACCUAAGAGUGGGAGCACCUCCUCCGUUCCUGACAACACAAAAGCUGAAAUUGAAGCCAAAGAGGCCUGUACCUGGCUGCGAGCAGCAGGGUUUCCACAGUAUGCCCAGCUUUAUGAAGACGCCCUGUUCCCCAUCGACAUCUUCUCAGUCACCAGAGACCAUGACUUCCUCGAUCGGGACGCUAUCGAGGCUCUCUGCAGGAGACUGAACACCCUCAACAAGUGUGCUCUUAUGCGACUAGAGAUCUCACCGCAAAGGAAAAGAAGCGAGGACUCGGAUGAGGACGAGCCGUGUGCCAUCAGUGGCCGCUGGACCUUCCAGAGAGACAGCAAGCGCUGGUCACGUAUGGACGAGCUGGAGGUUUUCUCAUCUCUGACGACAGAUUCGGCGACGCCAACUUUUCCAAAGGACCAAGUAUCCCAAAAGGGAAAGCUGGCUCUGCAUGAAGGCAACAGCUCAGAGAGUGUGCUGACCGACCUCAGUGAGCAGCCUGAAGUGGGCUCCAUCCACAGCAGCGGGAGUGCAGGAAGAGGAGAGGAGAAGAGCCAUGGGCCGUCCCUGACAAGCGAAGCCGUCCUGGUUGGUGCUACUCGUGCUAGCUCCGUAGCGAGCAUGUGUUCGUCUUCAGGUACAGGCGGGUCAGGCUGCGCCAAUGAGGACUCUCUCUCUGAUGGGAUGCCUCCAUCACCCUUGGAGGCGCUUGAACAUUUUACCUUCGAUGUGAAAACAGGGAUGGGAGGACUGGGAGGACUGGGAGGUAGUCUGGACAGAGGGGGUGGCAGCGGCAAAAGCACACGCUCAAGAGCUAAAAGCUUCCUCAAGAGGAUGGAGAGCCUGCGACUGCGCAGUGGCACCACCUCGAAGAGAAAGAAGAAGGGGAGCACAGGUGGAGGGAAGAUAGAAAUCAGCGGCCCUGUCAUCAAAGAGGGUCUGGAUGAUGACAAGCUGCGAAGUCUCAACUGCGUGGACAUCUCCAGUAUCAACCUCAACCAGAACCUCAAUCACCACCGCAAUCCCUCUCAAACUAUGACACUUAACCGGAAUCGUUCUGUUUCCUACUCCACUCAGACCAGCAGCGGCAGCACUGGGAGCACCGGGAGCAGCCAGUCCGAAGCGAGCAGCGGGAGUGCGGUCAGCACGCCGAGCCCAGUAACCCGGGCUCGCAGCCACAGCACGGCCGCGGGGUCCGGAAAGAGAGGAGGGAUGUAUUUAGAGGGGUUCGACCCUUUCAGCAUUCUCCAACAAGCUUCAGAUCGACAGCCAACAACCCUGCCCAAAUCCGCCCCUCCCAUCACCUGCCAAGCCAGCAACGGGAUGACAGUGGAUGAGCAGAACCGCAGGAACAACUGCAGCGUUCAAGGCAACAGCGGACAAGCGGAAGAGGAAGAGGAGCAAGAGGAUGGCGGGAUCUUCUUCUUCUUACCAGAAGGUCACAAACCGGGAACCUUCCCCAAAGCCCUGCAGGACGGGAGUUCGCGCAACAACAACGGGAACGAUAACGGCAACUCAGUGAUCCUCAGGGGUAGGCAAAGCAGACGCCAGCGCCGAGUGUCCUCAGGCUCUGUCGACAGCAGGCUCAGUUUUUACGACAACGUCCCCUGCACUGAGAGAGAGGAGGAGGGGGACGAGGAAGAGGGGGACGAACGCAAGCUGGAGGAAGUGCUGCAACAUGUCAGCGGCCUGCAGAGGUUUGUCAACGCCUGGUCGGAGGCUGUGGCAGGGGAAGAGGAGGAAGAGGAGGAGGAUGAAGAGGAAGAAGGAGACUCGGAUUCGGCCCUGGACUCUGCCUCCCCGUGCCCGUCAUCUCCUCUGCAGAACCGGCUGGAGGAGACGGAGAACGGAAGUGACCAGGACAGCACAGGAAACCCUCUGGGCGAGGGAGAGGAGGGGAUGAGAGAGAGAAGAGACUCUGGUGUCGGGGCAUCUCUGACCAGAUCCAGCAGACCGCAGAAGCUUCGCUGGCCAAGCUUCCAGAACUCCCAUCGGCCAAGCUUGGCCUCGGCCCAGCUCCAGAUUAGCAGCCAGUCAGUGCUACAGAUGAAUCUGCUGCAGAAGCUCUCCCUGCUGCAGCUCACUGCUCUGCUGGAGAGACACACCCCGACAAACAAACAUGGCUUCAGCUGGGCUGUGCCAAAGUUUAUGAAGCGCAUCAAGGUGCGCGACUACAAAGACAGGAAUGUGUUCGGUGUGCCACUACAAGUCAUCGUCCAGCGGACGGGCCAGCCCCUCCCUCAGGGAAUCCAGCAGGCCAUGCGCUAUUUACGCAGCCAAUGCCUCGACCAGGUGGGUCUUUUCAGGAAAUCAGGAGUCAAAUCUCGCAUCCAAGCUCUCCGCCAAAUGAACGAGGCCAGCGGCGCAGACGGGGGCGGGGUCAACUACGAGGGCCAGUCAGCGUAUGACGUCGCAGACAUGCUGAAGCAGUACUUCAGAGAUUUGCCAGAACCCCUGCUCACCAGCAAACUGUCCGAGACCUUCCUCCAGAUUUAUCAGUACAUGCCCAAAGAGCUCCGCUUGCAGGCUGUGCGCGCCGCCGUGCUGCUGCUGCCCGACGAGAACCGCGAGGCUCUACGGACGCUGCUGUGCCUGCUGAGCGACGUGACAGCCAGCGUGGCUGAGAACCAGAUGACUCCCACCAACCUGGCCGUUUGUCUGGCCCCCUCCCUGUUUCAUCUCAACACUCUGCGCCGCAAGGAGAGCUCCUCCCCGAGGGUGAUGAACAGGAAGACGACACUGGGAAAGCCGGACCAGAGGGACCUGAAUGAGAACCUGGCUGCCACUCACGGCCUCGCACAUAUGAUCCAGGAGUGCAGGAAACUCUUCAGGAUCCCAGAGGAGAUGAAUCGCUGCAGGAACUCUUACGUGGAGCAGGCGCUGCUGCCAAGACGAUUGGAGGAGCUGGCGGGUGAAAACGCGGCACAGGGAGGUUACCGGGCCUACCUCCGAGACAGCCUGGACGCCCUCCUUAAAGACGCCAAGGACAAGUUUAAAGGAUAUGACAGCUGCUCCACGCCCGAGCACGCCGAGCUGUCCUGUAGGAAGGUUCAUGACGGUUUCCCUCUGCGACUAUGGAAGGUGACAGUGGAGUUGCCUGCAGGCGCAGAGGAAGUCUUGACCAGGGUGCUGCGGGAGCAAGGCCACUGGGACGAGGACCUGCUCGAGAGCCGGGUGGUGGAGACCCUGGAUGAGAGGACGGAGAUCUACCAGUACGUCAGGAACACCAUGGCUCCACAUCCCACCAGAGACCACCUGGUGCUCAGAACAUGGAUGACAGACCUGCCAAAGGGAGCGUGUGCUCUGGUGUGUACAUCCGUUGACCAUGAAGGCGCACCUGUCGUAGGCGUCCGCGUAAACGUCCUCACCUCACGCUACUACAUCGAGCCCUGUGGGACCAACAAAUCCAGACUCACAUAUAUUUCCAGGAUCGACUGCAGGGGUCGUUUCCCAGAGUGGUACAACAAACUGUAUGGACACUUGUGUGCUGCAGAGGUGGCGAGGAUACGUGACUCGUUCACUGUCUCCAUGGACAAAUAACAUGGACAACAGAAACUGUCUGUCCCAAACGGACUGUUGGAUCCUACAGAGGACCGGAAAUGAAUCAUUCAACCCAUCCAGGUUCCCAUUUAGAGGACAAACCCCUGAUCCUGGAUUGAAGGACUGUUCUUGCAGACUGAUUUUACCGUUAAAAAACCCAAAAAACACUCCGUUGGGGCUCUUAGUGCGCUGCUGCACAUCACACAAACAAUUAUCUGGGCCAAAGGAUGUGACGUCGCCGAUAACAUGGUGUGAGGUUUCAUCGAAAAGGGUGCUAUUGCUUCUGAGAAGUAACGGACGAUUCAUUAAGUGUGUGUGUGUGUGUGUGUGCGCGCACGUGUGUGUGUGUAUGCUUGUGUAUGUGGUAUAAGCAGCAAACAGUCAAUACAUAAAUAUUCCUCACGCUGGUUUCCAGUGGCAGCAUAAUGUGUACAUACAGUAUUCUGUUCACAGUAAGGCUUUGUGUCCGUAUGGUGUUACCUCUUUUUGUUUCUGUUACAGUAAAGCACAGGAGGUUUAUUAUUAUUAUUAUAGAAGAUAAUAUUAUGAUCAGCUGAUUGAUGAAUCCAUUGGUGCAGAAAGAUGUGAAUGUGCUGACUGAAUGGAAGACAAUAGACAGGAUGUGGUGAGGUGAGGUGACAGCUGAUGGUACAGAAGGUUAGGAUGUUAGUAGAGAAAGGUAGAAACAGAUGAGGACGGGUGGCUGGCUCACCAAAAAAGAGAAAAAGAAACAUCCAGAACAGGACCUAGACAGGAAGUCAAAUCCAGUUAGCUUCAAUGAGGUCAUUAGUUUGAUCCAAAGUUCAUUUUGUUGUUGAAGUUAUAAUAUAUAACAAAAUAUACAUUCAUUCAUUAACAUUUAAAACCAGAACAAGCUGUGUUGAAGAAAGAGGCACACCAACACAGCUAAAGUGAAAGACCAACAGAUCUAAAGUAAAGGACCAAAUGUGGAUUUUGAUGAAAGGAAUCUCCUCCCCAUAUUGAGCUUUCCCUCACUAGUAGAAAGUUAGAGUUAGAGCACCGUCAGUUCACCUUCUUUUAUCGUUUUAAGCUGUUAACACUUGUAUACAUGUAAAAAAAAUAAAAGUAAAAUACUUAUAUGGAAUUCACAAAGAUAGAACAGAAAAAAAAAAUGCACAGAAACCUCGGGCUAGUCCUAUAGAAGAUGAGAAGUAAGCAGAGAAACAAUGGUCCUUUUAUAAAGGUGGAGAUUUUACAGGUUUUACUGUAAAGGAGAGGGCGGAUUGAAUGUUUGUGUGAUUUCAAAAGAAGGAAUAUAAACAACUCUCUUCAUGUAAGCUUCUUUCUCCGUGCUGUCGUAUCAGUGUUUUUUAAAAAAAGAAGUCAAGAUGAAGGUCUUCAUAACUCUCUGAAAGUCGACCUUUAUUUAGUAACUCUCACGCUUUAAUCUGAGGACUCGCAUACGUCAUGUGGAGCUGUAUGAUUAAUACUCUAAGCCAUCGUUCAUUAUUGUAAGCGUCUGUACCCUUUAACUGUGUUUCUGCCAAAUAAUAACGCAUGACAGUGACAGUUAAUUUAAACAAAUAUAUUUAUACCUCAGAUAUAUGUUUGUUUUGUAUCAUACGAUGUUGUGUUAUUUUAUUGUAAAUGUUCAGCUUUGUGUUACUGAAAUGAACAAAUGUUUUAUCUUUUUUAUUAAUAUUAUUUCUGUACAGGUUAAUCAAAGUGCACUAUUAAAUGUAUUAAAAUAAAUAAAAAAAACGUG